AUGCCAGCAUCAUCAGAAAUAGCACCAAAGGGUCCAUGGAUUCAUCCCAGCCCGCACCUGACGCGCCUAGACGCAUUCCGAAGGUUUAUCAACCGCAAGUACGACCUGAACUUGACCAACUAUACCGAGCUGCACAAAUGGUCCGUUGACGAGAUCGAGUCCUUUUGCGGCGAGAUCUGGACCUUUUGCGGCCUUGUAUACACCAAGCCUCCGACAGCCGUCGCCGUUGGCAUCGAAUCUACGUGUCCACGGCCACGAUGGUUCCCGGGUGCCCGGCUUAACUACACGGAGAAUAUACUGAUCAAAGGUCUAGCUACACAUCCAGAUGCGGUUGCUGUAUCAGCGUGUCGCGAGGGGGGAACGGAAUGGCGCCAUCUAACGUGGAUGGAGCUUCGCGACCAUGUCGCCUUAUACACGAGUGCCUUGAGACACGCGGGAGUUAAGCAAGGGGAUCGCGUAGCGACCGUGGCUACAAAUUCGGUCGAAUCGCUCCUUAUACUACUUGCCGCCGGCAGCGUCGGAGCCAUCUUCUCGUCCACUGCCCCGGACAUGGGAGCUAAGGGUGUCAUCGAGAGAUACUCUCAAAUCCAACCCAAAGUCUUAUUUGUCGAAUCCACGGUUCUGUAUGGUGGACAGAGGCGGGACCAGCGAGAAAAGCUCAAGACGGCCGUUGGAGAGCUAAAGAAACGGGUACAGCAGCUAGAGCAUGUUGUUAUCAUGACAGGGCCGGCCUGGAAUGAUACAGGCGUCUCCGGUACCACUGGGCCGCCGAAAUGUAUCUGUCAUGCUGGCGGCGCCGUCCUCCUUCAACAGAAAAAGGACUUGAUUCUUGGUGCCGAUCUGCGAGAAGACUCGACGUACUAUCAGUAUACAACAAUUGGGUGGAUGAUGUGGAAUAUGCAGGUCGCUGCUCUAAGCAUUGGGUCGAGAAUCGUUCUAUAUGACGGCAGUCCGCUCCAUCCCUCGCCAUCAUUCCAAGUCCAACUCCUGGAGCAGCAGGGUGUCACUCACUGGGGUACAAGCCCAAAAUUCCUCGCGGCGCUUAGGCAUAGUCUUUGUGAAGCAUUGCCUCCGAUGCCGAGCCUCCAGGUAGUAGUAGUGUCCGGGGCACCUCUUCCAAUGGAGACGAGUGACUGGUUCUACGCAAUGUUCCCUAAGCAAGUCGCCCUACAAAGCAGUUCAGGAGGGACUGAUCUAGCUGCAGGCAUUGUUGGAGGAAACCUCAUCGUUCCUCUUCACGGACCCCAGCUCGCCGCUCCGAGCCUCGGCAUGCAGGUCGAGAUUUGGGACCAGAGUGGCAGAAACAUCGCGGAUUCGGGCCUGAAAGGAGAUUUCGUUAUUACGAAGCCAUUUUUCAGCAUGCCCGUCACAUUUUGGGGCGAAGAGGGUCACGAGAAAUAUCGCAAGGCAUAUUUCGAUGUCUUUCCUGGCAUCUGGUGCCACGGCGACUUCAUUUCCAAGGAUCUUAAGACCCAAUGCUACAUCAUCCACGGUCGUAGUGAUGGGGUGCUGAACCCGGGAGGUGUCCGGUUUGGCACGGCAGAUCUUUACAACGUUCUUCACAAGUUUCCCCAAGUCGAGGAUUGCAUUGCUGUCGGACAGCGCCGGUCCAAGGACCACGACGAGCGCCUAGAGGACUCCCUGCGUGCAGAUAUCGCGAAGACCAUCAAGAAAGACUUGAGCGGGCGGCAUAUUCCAGCAUAUAUGUUUCAGGUUCGCGACAUCCCAUACACGCCGAACGGGAAGAAAAUCGAGAACCUCGUUAAAGAAAUAGUGUGUGGGAAGAGGGUCAGGGUCGGCGGCACGGCGGCAAACCCGGAAUGCCUGAAAGAGUAUGAGCAGUAUUUUCAUCUGCCAUUGGUAGAAGAUAAGGCCAAGCUCUAA